UUUUAAAUGAUAUGAAACAAUAUAACUCGUAAGUAUGAAAAUCCCUUCAAAAUAUACAAGACUUGAAUAAUUGUGUUUUUUUUUUUUUCAGGAUGGUUAAACAUUAUGAAUGCGUUGUCUGUAAAAAAGAAUGAAACCCUCUGAAAGACGUCCCAUUCCUGACAAAGCAAAAAAGAUACUAAGGAAGAUUCUAUCUGUUCUUCCCUGUGAUGAUGACGUAAUAUGCCCUUCAUGCCGGACAAAACUUUACAGGAGUAGGCAGAAGAAACUUAAAGAUACAGUCAGUGUGCCACAGCCAUCAACAAGUCAGCUUAUCAGUCCUCCAUCGGUAGUUCUUAAAAUCCCAUCAACAAGCAGGAGCCAUUCAAGAUGUUUUGUCUGCAAAAAAGCUGGUCCAAAACUUGUUCGCCUGGGUUCAGAGUGUCGACUUCAAGCAUUUCUACAGCACAAUAUCAUAGUUCAUUCAGAUGCCAGAUGUUGUCCAGUACACGUUUCAGAUAAAACGCUAAAGAUAGAUUCUGUGGAAGUCAUUGAUCGCCUCAACGCAUCUUCAUAUCUGAACAGGUCAUCUUUUUCUAAUCUCCUUCAAAAUAUGCGAUCUUUAUGCAUUCAACAGAAUUCUUCCCUGAACUUUGACACUGUAAAUCCGCCACCAGAGCGCAAUCAAUAUUGUGUUACGGGCAAUGAGCAGCCUCUGUACGAUGAACUUCAACGUAGAAUACCCUGGAUAGAAUUUGUACGAGAGCGGAAGACGCAGGUAAUGAGCAUGGCACUUGUAGGGGAGAGAUAUAGACGCCACACGCAGAUGGAGAGAUAUAUAUCCAGAGAAGUAUCUCUGGCUAUACGGGGUACAAACGAUAUACUGGGUUCCAUAGAGGUGGGUGAUCAUACUCAACAAAAAUGGGUGCCCGUAUAUAGAUGA